AUGUCCUCCUCACCAUCCAUGUCUCCCUCCCUCUCCUCCGCCGUCCUCCCGUCCCGUGUCCUCCUCUCCGUGCUCGGCCUCGCCUCGGCCGCGGGCGGCUACCUGGCCGACUGGAACGAAACGCACGUCUUCAACCCUCGCUGGACGGCCCACGCCAAGUUCCACAACGGCCAGACCAUGUCCACGGGUCUCGGCCUGGGCUUGCUCACAUGGUACUACACCUGGCGCGGCACCAACGCCGGCACGCCCACGGGACUGCUGGACAACCUCCUCACCGCGACGCUGCUGAGCAGUCUGUACUGGGCCACGCAGCUGAGCGCCAUCCUCUACCCGGGCACCAAGUGGGUGGAUGAUGAGUUCAAGGAGAGUCACGGCGAGCCGCAGAAGAGGGGGGCCCCCGUGCUGUUGGGUCUCAGUUGGGCGGCUUUUGGGUUGGGCUGGUAUCGGCUUACGAAGUGA